AUGGAAAUACCUAAUUAUGGUGUCAACCUGCUGGAGUGGACCGAGGUGCCUGCUAGAAGCUAUAAGCGUCACGCAUUCAUCCACCUACGCACCACCGCCGCUCAAAUUUCCACUACCGCAAAGUCACUCCCCUCUUCUUCGCGUGUGCCGGCCCGCCACGGCGAGAUCGUGCGUCGUCGUCGUCGUGUUCCGGCUCGCGCUGAGCCCCCACACGGCAUCGCUCACGGCGCCGGCCCAGCCGCCGGUGAAGUUACCGACGGGCUGCACGGUCCGCGGAGCCUCCGCGUCGAACGCGAUGCCGUAGCGUGCUUGUCGCUCUCGACGAAGUCCGUAAAGUCGGCCGGCACGACGGUAUUGUUGACGGGGGAUUUGGAAGAUGGGAGGGUUGUAGCUACCCCAGUCGCAGGAGGACGUGACGUUGAUCUCUACGGUGGAUGUGAUGGGAGCGGCAGGCGCUUCGGACCAGUCGAUCGAGAUGCGCGUGUCAGUGCCGUUGGUGCCACUCGUGUAGCCAGUUGUUGGCGAGAGGACGACGUGGGUGGCCCCGGGCAAGAGAGUCCAUUGGCAGCCUGCGCUGCCGCGGGAGAAGACGUCGAUCCAGCGCGUCCUAGGACCGUAGGGAUCCAUGGGGGGAGGACGAGUGUGUUACCUCCGUUGCUGUGGAAGGCAUGGUCGCCGGAUAAUGUUGCGUUGGAACCUUCGAUCCCGAUGCCGAUGUUACCACCGAGGGAAGUCUCGAGAUCUUGGACCCAGGAUGUAGGUGGGAGUCAUGAUACCUCUGGGUCAACUGGUGGUCUUGUUAAACAAAGCCCAGACAUUAGUCGCCACACCGUUUGCCGUGUUCCUCUUCUGAUUAAUAUAGACGGCAUUCCGGGUCGCGCCAAUCUUGUGAUGCUCUCCACUGCUCGGGAUCUUGCCGUGAUCCAUAUCCCACCACGAGCUGGCAUUCACGCCGGGCACGCCAUCCCUCUUGUCCACCACCACCACCCGCUGCCCGAGCUUCUUCGCACUGCUCCUGCUGCUGUUCACCGUGGAAUUGCUCGUCAAGUUCCCCCCGCCGCCCCAGUUCGCCAGCGUCAGGUUGCUGCCCGUGACUCUCCCAAAGUCCGUGGCCAGGCCCUCGGCGGUGCGGGGGACACCCCGCCAGUCGUCGGCACUGACCAGGAUCUGGGCAUCGAGCGAGUGGAGGAGAGGGAGGAGAGGGAGGAGAGGGAGGAGAGGGAGGAGAGGGAGGAGAGGGAGGAGAGGGAGGAGAGGGAGGAGAGGGAGGAGAGGGAGGAGAGGGAGGAGAGGGAGCAGGAGGGAGAGGGAGAGGGAGAGGGGGAGGGACUUCAUCUUCCGUCGUCGUUAUCGUUGUCUUCGUCGACGUACUCGGGAGACGAGAGACGGAUGGAUAGAGAGAGAGAGGGGGAGGAGGGAACGACAUGGCGGAAAGAGGAAGCCAUGGAGUACAAAUGGGAGGGGAGAGCUCGGCGCAGGUAG